GGGGUCAUCAUGGCUUCUUCACAAAAAUACAGAAGUGUUUCAGGCAAGUCUUAUGAAUACAGAGACCCGGAAGAAGAAGACAGUGUCACGAAUAUGUUUGAUGUUGUGCUACAAGGAAGAAUGAGAGAGAAAAUCGUGCUCCAGCAGCUGAUCGUGAUUGCUUGCCUCCCCGAUCAUCUUGCUGACAAGACAGAAAUAGGAGCUCAUUAUGAAAGACUUAACUUCCAGCUCAGCAAACAGUACAUACUGGAUCACAUGACAGGCCUCCUUUUAAUCUAUCCAUCCUGUGUGCUGCAUGUCAUCGAAUCAUCCAGGGAGGUUCUGCUCUCUGUUCUGAAAGACCUUAAAGAGAUGCAACAACAGCAGGAAUGUGACCUUGCUGAAGAUCCAAAGGUUGUGUUCAUGGACAAUCAUCCUGAGAGCAGGCUGUUCCAGCAGUGGAGCUACAAGGUUCUCAGUGCAGAUCAGGCUUUGAGAGACACUGAAGCUAAGAGACUUGAUGAAGAGGAAGAGAGCACAGAGACUGUGGUCUGCACUCUUCUGUCUGCACUGCAGAAACUGGAACACAUGGACAUAUCCAAGAAGGCUGGACCCGGGUCUGUGCUGGAUGAAACUCCAGAGCUAAUCGUCUCUCAGAAGGUUCUGGACAAACUUCUGACUCGAGAUGAACUCCUGACUCCAAAGCAGUACUUGCAGAUGUACGACUUACCGUUACACAUCAACAUGGACUUUGGACAAGUAAUUCGGAGCAGCUGCCUCACCACAGUUUAACUUUUUGAAUAAAUGUCAAAGGUAAAAGCUCA